CGCAUAUUUCUGCGACCACGGAGAGUCAUUCGGAGCAACCGACAAGUUACGCACAGAUUCCAGACUCGCUCGAUAAUAGCCCGAGCGACCGGAGAUUCUUGUGCCGAUACCACGAAGAUCUGGAGAACAGACUUCGGCUCAAUCACUCCAUCCUCCAUCCUCGCCAUAAUAUCUGCCGGCAUGCCGCUGCGGCUCCCCCGAACACCAUGUGAAGUCUCCCGGGUAUCCUCGAGAUAUUCGAACAUCUUUGUAACCUCGAGAUCGUUCUGGUCGCGUACGGCGCCUAGAGCUGCGCCCGUACCAACAGGACCGGAAAUCUAUGAUGUCGUGUGCGUUGGUGGCGGUCCAGCAGGACUGAGCUUGCUCAGCGCCCUUCGUGCUUCUCCCAAGACUGCGAACCUCAAGAUUGCCCUGGUCGAAGGGCAAGAUCUCAACAAACCUCAGAUCCAGGCCGAAUCGACCACUUUCUCCAACAGAUGCAGCUCCCUGACUCCCGGCUCAGUAAAAUUCUUGAAUGAAAUUGGAGCAUGGAACCACAUUGCGACCUCGCGUGUGCAGCCAUACCAAGCUAUGCAAGUAUGGGACGGUGUCUCCGGAAGCAGCAUCAGUUUCGACCCUUCAACCACAUCUUCAACUGUGCCCGACACGGUCGCCACAAUGACUGAAAACACCAACCUGACUUCUGCCCUCCUCGCUCGCCUGGGCACGUUGCCUCCGAUUGAUAUCAUGGCCAAGACAAGAGUUGAGGGAAUUGAGCUUGGAAAGGAAACAGAGAAGAUGGACCUCUCAAACUGGCCCGUCGUUUCAUUGAACAACUCUCGUAAGUUGGCUGCACGUCUCCUCAUUGGUGCCGAUGGCGCCAACAGUCCCGUACGCACAUUCGCCGGGAUCCCUUCACGAGGCUGGGACUACAACCGCCAUGGCGUCGUAGCGACCGUGCAGGUCGAGGGUGCCAAUUGGGGCGCUCAUGGUCCCAGAACUGCAUACCAACGUUUCCUUCCUACGGGUCCUGUCGCACUGCUGCCUCUGCCUGGAAACGUAGCCACCUUGGUGUGGUCUACAACACCGGAGAAGGCCGCUCUAUUGAAGUCGCUCAGCAGCACUGACUUCAUCGCAAUGGUGAAUGCUGCUUUCAGGUUGCUGCCUGUCGACCUCGACUACUUGCACACCAUGAAGUCCGGCCACGCUGACGAAUAUGCCUGGCGCGAAGCCAGUACCGCAUUCAACUCUGAGCGCAUCCCACAGAAGAUUUCCGCUGUCCAGGACGGCAGCGUCGCUUCCUUCCCACUGCGUAUGCGCCACGCCGACACUUAUACCGGACAUCGCGUCGCUCUCCUCGGCGAUGCCGCUCACACCAUUCACCCUCUCGCCGGCCAAGGUUUGAACCAAGGUCUCGGUGAUGCCAGAUCGUUAGCCAAGCACAUCAACUUCUCACUCGCCGUGGGCAAGGACAUCGGCAGCAAUUGGGCACUAGACGCAUACAACUCUGAGCAAUGGGCAAAGAAUAACGCCAUGCUGGGCACUGUUGACAAACUGCACAAGCUGUAUAGUGCUGGUAGUGGCCCCGUGGUCUGGGCGAGAAGUCUGGGUUUGGAUGCUGUUGACAAGAUGGGCUUCCUAAAGAGUUUCUUCAUGCGCCAGGCUGCUGGAACGUAAUGCUAGAGGGUAUAUACAUUGUACUAUAGAGAUCAUAAUGAACAAGAACGUGUUGCUCG